AUGCCUCCCUUCGCACCGGCACUUCGUGCCGAAAACUCGUUCACAGGCCAAUCUACUAGCAGCGCCAAGCCCUUCUCCUCCAAAUUUGCUCCCGCCAGCCAUGGGGACCAACCCCGAAGGCUGGCGGUCAUGACCUCGGGCGGCGAUUCGGCGGGUAUGAACGCUGCAGUCCGCUCUGUCGUCAAGAUGGCCAUCUUCCGCGGAUGCGAGGCCUUCGUCAUUCGGGAAGGCUGGGAGGGCCUUGUUCGAGGUAACCAGACGCCAGAGAGCACCCCCUCCGCGACGCCCUCCGUUAGCAGGAGCGCUUCCACCUUUUUCGACACCACCAACACCAAGGGUAAGGCGUCGGACGCCGAACAGCACUCGCAACAUCCCGAACAGUCGGAUUUCGUCCCCACUUAUGGAGAAGGCGAGCUCCUACGCGAAGGUGUGGGAGAGGCGCAGGAAUUGGGUCUCCGUGGUCGAUACAUUAUCCGCGUCGGCUGGGAUGAUGUCCGCGGCUGGAUGGACCAGGGCGGAACCUUGAUCGGUACUGCUCGUUCCAAGACAUUCCGUACGCCCGAGGGCCGAGAGCAGGCUGCCUACAACCUCAUCGUCAACGGCAUCGACGCGCUUGCCGUGUGUGGUGGUGAUGGAAGUCUCACUGGUGCCGACAAGCUGCGCGCAGAAUGGCCCGACCUCGUCGCCUCGCUCAAGGCCAAGAGCAGAAUCACCGAAGAGCAGGCCACCAAGUUUGCCCAUCUCAACAUUGUCGGUCUUGUCGGCUCGAUCGACAACGACAUGGCCACCACCGACAUCACCAUUGGUGCUUCCACCGCUUUGCAACGCAUCUGCGAGGCUGUGGACUCAAUCUCCUCGACCGCUGCCUCGCACUCACGUGCCUUUGUUGUUGAGGUUAUGGGCAGGCACUGCGGUUGGCUCGCACUCAUGGCUGGCAUUGCCACCGGUGCCGACUACGUCUUCAUCCCUGAACGCCCGCCUCAGGGACAGGAGUGGCAUUCAGAGAUGUGCGAGGUUCUCCAAAAACACAGAGACCUCGGAAAGCGAAAGUCGAUCGUCAUCGUUGCUGAGGGUGCCAUCGACCGUGAGCUCAACGACAUCACGCCCGACAUGAUCAAGGACGUUCUCUCCAACGACCUCGGGCUCGACACGCGUGUCACCACCCUCGGCCACACACAGCGAGGAGGCAAACCCGAUGCCAACGACCGUAUCCUUGCCACACUUCAAGGUAUCGAAGCCGUCGAUGCUGUGCUCGAAGCCACGCCCGAGACGCCCUCGUACGUGAUCGGCAUCAGCGAGAACAAGAUCACGCGCAUCCCGCUCAUGUUUGCCGUCGAGCAGACGCAGAAGGUGGCCAAGCUCAUCGAGUCCAAGGACUUUGACGGCGCCCUGGCCCUGCGCGACCCGGAAUUCGCCGAGGGUCUGCGAGCGUUCAAGUACAUCAGCCAGAUCACUGAGGACGAGCGCCUGCCCGAGAAGAAGCGUCUGAGGAUGGGUAUCGUCAACGUCGGUGCUCCGGCCGGCGGAAUGAAUGCUGCCACCCGCACGGCGGUGCGCUACUGCCUCGCCAAGGGUCACGAAGCUGUCGUCAUCUACAAUGGGUUCCCAGGCUUGCUCGAAAACAAUGUCUCGGUGCUCAGCUGGCUGCGCGUCGACAACUGGGCCACAAGAGGCGGCUCCGAACUCGGCGUCAACCGUCACUUGCCCGAUCUUGACAUUGGCGCUGUCGCCGCCAAGCUGCAGGAGCACAAGAUCGAGGGUCUGCUCAUCGUAGGUGGGUUUGAGGCUUUUAGCUCGGUCAAGAUCCUCAACGACAACCGCGAUCGAUACCCCGCCUUCCGCAUUCCGAUCGUCGGUCUGCCUGCUACCAUCUCGAACAACGUGCCCAUGAACGAAUUCUCGCUAGGAUCGGACACUUCGCUUAAUGCCCUGGUCGAUGCGUGCGACGCGGUCAAGCAGUCGGCGUCUGCCUCGCGAAACCGUGUCUUUGUCGUCGAGACGCAGGGAGGCAAGUGCGGCUACAUUGCCGUGAUGGGUGCUUUGGCUGCUGGUGCCGUGUUGGUCUACACGCCCGAGGUGGGCAUCGGCCUGCAGCAGUUGGGCAAGGACGUAGCUUUCCUCAAGAAGCGUUUCCUGCUCGAUGUCAAGGGCAAGUCGGAAGGCAGGCUGGUCAUCCGAAACGAAAAGUCGUCCGACGUCUUCACCACCGAGGUCAUCACCAAGAUUCUCAAGGAAGAGGGCAACAGCCUGUUCGACGCACGGUCCGCCAGCCUCGGACACACGCUGCAAGGCGGUGUCCCUUCGCCGCUGGACCGUGUCCGUGCUACGCGUCUCGCGCUCAAGUGCUGCGAGUUCCUCGAGGCCGAGGCUCUCAAGCAGCGCGGCGCUUCGUCAUCGGCUUCGUCCAAGACCGCGGGCGGCGCGAGCGAGAAAUCGUACUCGGACGACACGGCUGUCAUGAUCACCAUCCAAGGCUCGACCAUCUGCUUCACCUCGGCCACGGACAUGGCCAAGAACGCCGACAUGAAGAACCGCCGCGGAAAGACGGCCUGGUGGCACGAGCUCAAGGCGCUCGUCGAGCUGCUUGGUGGCCGUACUGCCCUUGCUGAACUGUGA